AUGUCUACCGACGAUCUGAGCACCCACCUGGCCGACUCCGGCAUCACCAUGCGGUCCGACAGCGAGCAGUACUCUCCAGGCGAUGAGGUCUCAUCACCUUCGUCAUCGAACUCGCCGGUUAUUCUCUACAAGCCCCCAACAGCAUGGAAUCUGAUACGGAGCGCCGCCAUCAAUCUAGUUCUGCCAUUCAUCAACGGAAUGAUGCUGGGUUUUGGAGAGCUGUUUGCUCAUGAGGCAGCAUUCCGGUUAGGAUGGGGCGGUACAAAGGUUUUCCCUCUUUCUCGAAGACGAGCCCACCCCAUUGGCCCAGGCAUCGAAGUCCGUGAACGACCAGAGCGACCCGGGCCUUCGCUAAAUGAUUACGCAAGCUUAGAGUAG